AUGCUGUCGUCAGCCGUCGAAACCCCAAAGGCCAGCUCGUCGCUGCCGACGUCCCCUCCCCCGGGGCACGUCGUUCAUGCGGCCGAGCAAGCCAAGGCCGCGACCCUGUAUCUGAAUAGUGCCUCCGGGGAAGGCCUCUCGAAUGGACUCAGCGCCACCUCGUGCACUAACAGCGGCGGUCUCAGCAGCUUCCCCUCUACUGCAUGCACGUCAGGCAGCCGAUCAGCUGAGCUACUUAGCACGGCGUCGUUCGUGCUGCCUCCUAUAUCCCCAACCCGCUCGCGCGCUCCGGCGGUACCAGUGAAGCUGUUUGUGGGGCGGCUUCCUCUAUCCACAACGGAGGAGAUGCUUCGCGCACUUUUCAGCCAGUUCGGCCCCAUCGCUGACCUGCUACUGAUCCGCGACCGGCAGACGAGCGCUUUCAAGGGAUGUGCUUUCGUGCGGAUGCAGUCGAUAACGGACGCAGAUCGCGCGAUCCGCCACCUCGACAGCGCAUACGUGCUCGACCCAGCGCUUGGAGGACUGCAAGUAAAGUACGCUGUUGGAGAGGCGGAGCGCCUAGGCCUUCCGGGCACCAGUGGAAGUGGGGCGGCCGCAGGCGUCGACCAAGUUAAGCUGUUUGUGGGGUCACUGCCCCCCGACAUCAAAGAGGACGCACUCCGAGACUUGUUCGAGCGAUUCGGUCGGGUAGAGGAAGUCUUCCUGAUGCGAGAUGAACAGCCUCCCAACGGCGGGAGCCUGCCCACGUCGAGGGUGGGAAGAAAGAGCAGAACGGGGUGUGCCUUCGUUCGAUUCGCAUUCAAGGAAGAAGCGCUGUUCGCGAUAGGCGAGCUGAAUGGCAGAUUUGUCGUGCCCGGUUCGCAGCGUGCCAUGGAAGUCCGUUUUGCAGAGAACCGACGCUCGGCCUCGACUGCGCACGGGGUCACGUCACACUCGCGGAGUUCGAGCGCUGUCUCGAAUUUCGUUACGGCAUUUGCCUGUAGCAGCCCUGGCACGUCUGCCCGUUCCUCCGAGGGAUGCCGCGAGACUGCGUACGCCGGUGGAUCUGCGUUCUCCUCGCGCGCAGGCAUAGAGCGACUGGCACACAUGGCGUCUGCGGAUACAUUCAGCUGUUUCAACCUAGAGCAGGAUUUCAUGACUUCGUCGGGGAGUGCGGAGGAUUUGGCAGUGACGGCAGCCCGGGCCGCGUUCGCCGAACGCCUGCGGGCUGCGGUCGCGGGCCCAACUAGCGGUCGCGCGCUCGCCGCGCCCAGCGACCACGUAGACGCGGCCGGCUCCGCGGCGGUAGAGAGAGGCAAGCCUGAAAAGGUUUCGAGGUACGGCUCCAUCGAAGACCUUUUCGAGACUUUGGAGCACCUGUCGCUGAAUGACAAAAGUGCCGAGGAGAGGCUAGACAACGGCCACGCAGAUAAUGACAAGCCCCGCCCAGACACGAAUGAUGGCGCGACCGCCAAACAGACGCCCGCGGAGGAGCUGAAAUGUGAGCUGAAGUGUAACGAGCAGGGAGCGGGACUAGAACGGGACGAAAGGGUGGUGCGCGUGAACGCGAAACACCGAGCUUUGGGCAUCACGACUGGCAGUGGAAUAGUCGAGAACCAGGUUAAAAUCAAAGAGGAAGAAGACAUAAUUGCAGUCCUGAAUGCGGGGAGCGGCGGACGGACGCGCGCACCAAGUGCGCUUGACGGCAUGAACGCCGAAAUCGACAUCGCCUCGCUUGCUGCAAGAUUACGCCGCGAUCUGUCGGAGCCGUCUUCGCAAGAGAGUGCCUCCGCGCCAUCUUCCGCGCCAACAAGCGAAGCAGCAGCUCACGCAGCUGUGGCGGCUGCUCCCAUGGGGGCGACCCCCGGGCUCACACAUUCUUCCGGGAUUGUCAAGAGCGUCACAGCCGGCGACUCCAAGUAUGAGGCGAUGCGUGGCACCGGCCGGCGUGCAUCUUCCGUCUCGCGUGAGCUGCCUGGCAAUCCUCAGGAGCAGCCUUCAGGGUCGCUUUAUCAUCCUGGGGGUGGGGCGAGCGGCGCGCGCGUGGCGCCGUCGUUCACCCCGCCGGUGACAUUGGCGUGCGAGGACUUCCUCGGGUGUCUUACGAGUUUCGUCCAUGGCUCCGGCCGGCGCGCGAGAGCAGACGACGGCGACAGAUUCUCCCAGUCCGCGAAUUGGGCCGCUGGGCAGUUGCUUUCCUCGAUGUCGACCAAAGCAGACAGCGGGCGACCGAGUCAGGACUCGCUUCUGUUCUCUCAUGGGGAAGACGGGUGCGACGGCGAGAGACUCGGGAAUCUUCUGAGUGGAUUGCGCGCACGCAGCGGGACAUUUGGUGUAACGGCGUUUGAAGCCAUUCAAGGAAGUCAAGCUCAUGGGCCACCUGGCGCGAACGUCUUCAUCUUCCACAUUCCGAACGAGUGGACUGAGCGCGACCUGCUGAUGCACUUCAGCGUCUACGGCCCCGUUGUUUCUGCGCGCAUCGCCUCGGAUCGACUCUCGGGACGCAAUCGCGGGUUCGGGUUCGUCAGCUUCGCCCACGGACAGGCCGCGGCUGCCGCUGUGACUGCCAUGAAUGGAUUUCAGGUCAAUGGCAAACGCCUCAAGGUUCAAAUUAAGAAGGGCGAAGAGCAGUAUGCGCAUCUGCUUCAUCCAUUGCCCAGCUACAGCGCGAGCAACGACAUACCUUGGCUGUCGGCGGCCUCGACGUAUUCUGGGGCAACUAGUGCCGUCAGCGACUCUCAUAAGAGUGUGCCCUUUGCCGUUGCGGGUAGUGUCCCACGGAGAGAUGAAGGCGACGAUCAACGACCGAAGCUGUCCCUUUUGGACUUCCUGACACCGGUCGCCCCGCAAGACGCACUCGCCGCGGCGGUGCCCCCGACGACCUGUUCGAACGGAGAAAAUGGAACGUCGGCGGCUGCUUUGUUCCAAGCCGCUGUGGCGCUGAGGAACUUGUCGGUUGCAAGUGUCGGGCAAUCCAGUCAUGGCUCCUUUCCUCAUGAAGAUGCAGUGGCGGCUGCGGCUCUCGUUGCCGCUAUGCGGCAACAGGAGCAUGGACGGCAAGACGAGUCGUUGCGUCUGACUCACCUGCUGUCCGUUGGUAACGACGCAGCAGGGGCAGGGAGUCUGCGUGCCGCUUCGCGUGCCUUGCACUGUGCUACAGAGGGCGGACCAGCGGAGAGCACGCAUGCGACACCGCCGGGGGCCGAAACGGAGGCGGCGGCUCUCAGUCUUUUUCCGCUUCAGCCGUCGACUGUGAUUUCAGCCCCAGCGCAUGCAGUGGUCGCAAAAGAGACAGAGGAAUUGCUGAAUGCUGUAUCCGGGAAACGGAAGCCGUGA